CUACAAAUCGAGUAUGAAUUCAACAAAACGGACGCAAUACGCCAGAACUCGCUGCGCACCCCUGCAUAUGAAAUUGGCUUCCUUUUGAGGACAAUGGAGGAGUGCUACAGACGAAUGGUGGACAUCUACAAUUCCACAUUAACCACCGACCUGUACAGUUUCGAAGCGCAAACGACGAACCAAAUCAUGUUCCUCAAGUACGUCGAGAACUACUACUGGAUGAUCUACCAUCUGGAACACAUGCUGCAUGAGAUUGAGAAGAAGUAUAAGCUUAAACGGGCCGGAAUGUUCGACAACUACCUAGACUUCACGAUCCGACCGCAGCCGACCACCAAGAGGCACCGCUUCUCGUCCCAGGCCGUGGUGUCCAUGACCACCACCACAAAGAGACCCAAGCAGACCUGGUGGCCACUGGACUAUGGAUGGGACCAGAUGAACGAGUGGCGGUGA